AACAGAUUAAACGAAGAAUCCUAAUGUCAGGAAAUAUAUCAAUUGCCACUUAUGUGAAAUUUUCACUAAUGGCGUUAACCUCUAUGAUGUUUGGAUCACAACUUGUUCACAACCGAUACAAGCCAUUAGACGAUUUAGAAGAUUACGUUGAAAAAGAAAUGGAAAAAUUAAAUGCUGCUAAAAAAUUUAAAACAUAAUGAAUUGAAAGGAUUAUUUAGUGAUAUUUACCUAGUUAUUUUGUGAUAAUUAUUUAUUUAUGAAUUAUAAUAAAAAAUGAAAAUGAUUUAAUUCAAA